UGAUCCAGGCUGGGGAGCUCAGCAAUCCUGAGCGGAAACCCCUCCCGAAUCCCAACUCCGGCAACCGAGCAAAAGAAAAGAGGAAUAUCAAGGAAUCAGGAAACACGGAGAAACAGCACAAUACAUAAAUUAACACGAGAAAUGCAGACCUGAGGGUUGCACCCUGGUGAGUGACAGACAAACUGUUCGCCUUGCAACCGAAAUGGGGUUCGGCCAGGACUUGCGGAACUCCCACGAGGGCCUGAUCAAGCUGCAGGACUGGGAGCUGAAGCUGCUGGAGACAGUAAAGCGGUUCAUGACACUUCGUGUGAAGAGUGACAAGGAGUACGCCUCGCUCCUGCUCAACAUUUGCCAGCAGGUGGACAAGCAUGACAACUCCUCCCAGAUCCACUACAUCAGCACCGUCUCCAAGUCGUGGGCUCACAUGGUACAGCAGACAGAGCAGCUGAGUAAGAUCAUGAAGUCUCAUGCUGAGGAACUGAACUCUGGCCCGCUGCACCGCCUCACCAUGAUGAUCAAAGACAAGCAGCAGGUGAAGCGGAGCUAUCAGAGCGUCCAUCAGCAGAUCGAGUUUGAAUUAAAUAAGGUUACAAAAACUGAUCUUGAGAAGCUGAAGGGUACCUACAGACAAUUAAGUAAGGAUGCUCAUAGUGCCAAAGAGAAAUACAAGGAAGCAGUUGUUAAAGGCAGGGAGCCAGAGAAGGCACGCGAGCGCUAUGACAAAGCCACCAUGAAGCUGCACAACCUGCACAACCAGUAUGUGCUGGCGGUGCGCAGCGCACAGCUGCACCAGGAGCAUUACCACGAGAGUGCACUGCCCCUGCUGCUUGACUCGCUCCAGAAGAUGCAGGAGGAGAUGGUCAGCGCUCUGAAAGGCAUUCUGGAAGAGUACAGUGAAAUCACCAGUCUCUUAACUGAUGAAAUAGUAAAGGUCCACAAAGAAAUACACACAUCCAUUGACCAAAUUGAUCCAGCAUCAGAGUAUGAUAACUUCAUUGAAAUGUAUGGGUCACCUGAAACCAAAGAACCAAACGUAGAAUUUGAUGUUUCACUGUUAGAGGAAACGGAGAAUCUUCAAGCCAAUGAGAUCCUAUGGAAUAAUUUGACUGCGGACAGUUUACAAGCAUUGUUAAAGUGUACAACUGAGGAGCUGCUGCUAACCCAGCAGAGUCUGCGCAGUAAAGAGGACCUCAUGCUAGACCUGCAGAGCAAAAUUGAGGAGUCUGCUAAAACCUGUGAGAAGAAGUCUGACACGGUUUUGUUACUGAGUCAGAAGCAGUCUCUGGAGGAGCUGAGGCAGACAGUGCAGCUUCUGCGUUGCUCUCAGGCCAAACUGAGCUGCCAGAAGGAGCUGCUAGAGCAUAAGAUGCAGGAGAAUGAGGGCAAGGAGCCUCCGCCUGUGGUCAACUAUGAGGAGGAUGCACGCUCUGUCAACUCAGUGGAUAAAAACAAAGACAGGAUAUCAAAAUUUGACACCCUCCGUCACUCCAUCGCUGGCAUAAUUCGUUCACCGAAGUCUGUACUGGGCUCAUCCUCCUUUUUUGAUGUUAUCCCCACCAGUGAGAAGCCACUGGGGGAGCAGGAGUGGUACCAUGGGGCAAUACCCCGUACAGAAGCUCAGGAGCUGCUCAAGCAACAGGGAGAUUUCCUGGUGCGCGAAAGCCAUGGCAAGCCUGGCGAGUAUGUGCUUUCUGUGUUCUCAGAUGGCCAACGCAGACACUUCAUCAUUCAGUUUGCUGAUAAUCAGUACCGAUUUGAAGGCACUGGAUUCCCCACCAUUCCACAAUUGAUCGAACACCACUACACUACGAAGCAAGUCAUUACCAAAAAGUCUGGAGUUGUGCUCUUAAAUCCUGUCAUAAAGGAUAAAAAAUGGAUUCUUAAUCAUGAGGAUGUCAUUCUAGGAGAACUUCUAGGCAAAGGCAAUUUUGGUGAAGUAUUCAAAGGAACAUUAAAGGAUAAAACUCCUGUGGCUGUGAAGACUUGUAAAGAAGAUCUUCCACAAGACCUCAAGAUCAAGUUCCUCUCAGAGGCCAGGAUUCUUAAGCAGUAUGACCAUCCCAACAUUGUGAAGUUAAUAGGCGUCUGUACACAAAGACAGCCCAUUUAUAUUGUGAUGGAACUUGUGCCAGGAGGGGACUUUCUGUCCUUUUUGAGGAAAAAGAAGGAAGACCUCAAACCAAAGCAGCUGGUGAAGUUUGCUCUAGAUGCCGCUGCAGGAAUGGCCUAUCUGGAGCUAAAGAACUGUAUACAUAGUGACAGCAGGAGGAGGACAUUAGCCACGAGAGAGGGCACGAGAACAAUGACAGCCAUGAGAGGCAUGAAGACGGUGUACAAGUCCUGAACCCUGCCUCCCGUGCCCUGCCUCCUGUUCUGCAGCGAGAUUGCUAGACUAUGUCUCACAUUCGAGCCAAGCUGAGGACCUGGGGCGGUGACGGGGAGGCAGGACAACAAGCUCUCUUUCCCUCUCGGCUCAGGAGCUCACACCAGAGAGCAGAGAGGGACGAGCAGCAGCAGCAUCAGAGUGAUGAGCUGAAAAGCUCAAGUUUAAGAGAAGGACUGAAAGGUCAAGAAUCCACGGAGAGCUAGCCAGUUUUGAUUUGGUGCGAUUUUGUUUGUGUUUGUGAGUGAAAUUAAAAAGAAAUGGCUGCUGCAACUGUCAGUCCUGCCUCCAGCAUCCUUCCCCCACCCAGGGUAGAACAUGGUGUGCUACACGUCAUUUGACUAAACUUUUGUGUACUCUGCCCAAAUCAGAAUGUUGUGUUCAUUCCUCUUUAUCUCUUUGAAAAUCUAUUCCUUGUGUUAAAAUUGCUAAGCUUUGAUUCUGAAUUUGGUUGAAGAUAAUAUUAUAACAGUGUAAAAAGACAGCACAUGUGACUGUCGUUUCUUGCAUGCAAUGUGAGACUUUUUAUAAAAUAUUUACAAUCCUAUACCAGCCUGUAUCUGAAGGUGAAUCUGUAACACUAUUAUGCAUACCACAUUUACCCCAUUUAAAAGGGACAGAAAAUUGCUUAUUUUGAAUCAUAUCACCGAACUGUAAGCAGUGUUAAGCCUAUACCAUUUUGUUAGCGUUUAACCCUUUAGGUAACAAAAUAUUGUGAGCAUUUUGUGCCAGAUCUUAAAGCAAGCAUAACCAAGGCUUUGCUUUUUUAGUUUGGCAUGUUUUUGCAUAUGACUAAUGUAUUGUAAAGUACUGCCAUUUGUGUAUUGCAUUUCAUUUUUUUGCACUGUUAUGAUUGCUUUAAGGUCUGACAUGUAAUGGUCUCCAUAAUAUAUGACUUUAUUAAUGGCACACAAGUUAGUUUCAUGUUACAACCGAAUGACUGGGAGGAGGGGAUACAAAGGCUGUUGUAACUUAAUAGGGGAACACCACUGAGUUUUCAAGAAUGCUAUGUAAAAAAAUAGUUAAGAUGUAAACAGUGUCAUUCAGAGUGGUUUGGUGUGAAAUGCUUUGUUUUAGAGAAACACACUCUAUGUGAACUGUUCACAGUGAUGGUGAUAGGAACGUCUGAAGAGUUUAAUACCUCUGAAAGCUCCCUCACAGAAAGUUAUUACAUGAAACAGAUAUAUGCUGGCUGAUUUAUGAGACAUUGCUUUAAGAUAGUUUUGUGAUCAAGUUUUGGCAUAAAGUCUAUUUUAAACUAUUUAUUUUAAUCCAUUUAUGGUAGAUGCAGUGCAUUGUAAGGCAAAAGAGUCUCCAAAGAAAACAGUUUUUCAGAUUUAGCACUUUUACGACUACUCAUGAGGCAUUACAUAUAAAAAUUCCCAAGGCACGUAGGUUCUCUGGUGGUUUUGAAUAGUAAAUAAAAUAGCUAUAUUUGUGUUGUAGACAUGGUGGGAUCCCCUGGGUCACCACCAUCGCAAAGAAAUCAAAGUUUGUAAAUUUCUCUACAGUGAAACAUUUCACAUCAGACUGCUCUGAAUGGCUCUGUAUACAUCUCAAAGGACUGAAUUAUUCAGAAAUUUUGAAAAAUUGGUGGAAUUCUCCUUUAAAGGCAUAUGACAUUGACAAUACCAGCUGAAUUUCAACACAAACAUACACUGAGAUACACUGACCAGAGAAGAUCUCUCUGUAAAUGGUGAUAUCUCUCUCUCUCUCUCUCUCUCUCUCUCUCUCUCUCUCUCUGUUUCUCUCACUUUCUUACUAGUAAGAUACACUACUGUACAUUUGUAUAGUGGUCUUGGGAACUUACAAACCAGAUUUCAUCCUACAGCGUUGAUGUGUCCUACAGGGAUCUGGCUGCCCGGAACUGCCUAGUGGGAGAAAACAACCUAUUGAAGAUAAGUGACUUUGGUAUGUCACGGCAGGAGGACGAUGGGAUUUACUCAUCUUCUGGCCUCAAGCAAAUUCCUAUCA